AUGUCAUUCACUGUCAACAUUGGAGGCAGUAGUGUCACAGGAUCAUCAGGUGGAUUCUUUGGUGGAGUGGUCAGUGCUAUACAUGAGGCAUUCGUGCCCAUUGACAAUAGGAAUAAGAUAUGGGUCACAAUGAGCCAGUCGUCAUAUGUCGGUGGUGAUAUGCUCAUGGGCACAGUGGAGAUGGACUGCAUCGUGCCGUUCUUUGCCAAGGGCGUGCUGGUCAAGUUCAAGGGCUUCGAGCGUGUCUUCUUCACCGAGACCAAGACCGAGUGGGAGGGCGAGGGCAGCAACCGCAAGAGCGUGCAGCGCACCUACGAGUGCAAAGAGAACAAGGAGUUCUUCCGCUCGACGCUGUGCGUCUACCCCCACCAGGGCCAGGUCAACCCCGGCCACUACUCCUUCCCCUUCCAGUACCAGCUGCCGCCCAGCUUACCCGGCACCUUCUGCGAGGAGGACAAGGACUCAUACGGACAGCCCUUCUACGCCAAGGUGCUCUACAAGGUCAAGGCCACCGUGGACGUUCACCACAAGCACGACCUCAAGCACACAUGUCGCCUCGUCGUCAACGAGCGCUGCAACGAGCUGGUCCAGCCAUCGUUUGCCGAGAAUCGCAAGUCGUUCUUCCUGACCAAGGGCAAGAUCGUCGCCAAGGCCUGGUUGAACAAGAACGCCUACAUCCCAGGCGAGACACUGGUCGGCAAGCUCAAGAUCAACAACACAUCGGUCAAGCCAACGCGCCGCAUCUCGCUCAAGGUGCACCACACUAUCGAGCUGCGCGCGCAGCACAACACCAAGGUCAUCAAGCACUGCGUCUACAAGCAGGAGUACCCAGGCAUCCAGCCAUGCUACUACGGCAAGCGCUACAUCCCCUUCUACAUCCCAGUCGACCUCAAGCCAUCGUCGCUCUCGGGCGGCCACGUAAAGUCAACAUACAUCCUCGACAUUGAGUUUGAUAUCCCGGGCGCCAUCGACCUGCACGUGCCCCUGCCCCUCACACUGUUCGCGCCACAGUAUCUGUACUCUACCGUGCCACCCCAGCCCCCCGGAGCGCCACUGCCACCCGACGUCAGCUACCGCCACCCAUGGGAGGACGAGACUGCCGUGGCUCACUGCGGCAAGUGUCGCAGCAACUUUGGUCUGUUCAAUCGCAAGCAUCACUGCCGUCACUGCAUGAAGGUGUUCUGCGGCAAGUGCACAGCCAAGACAACACCCAUCACCAAGCUCAACUAUCCCAAGUUUGUGCGCGUCUGCGACGACUGUUUCCCAGUCGCCUCACAGGGAGGUGUCAAGUAUCAAUCGGCCAAGGCGUUGGCCGCCGCCUACAACCAGGCACUAUCCGAGUACUACGCACAGUACUCACAGCAGUAUCCAUGGAUGGCACAGAUGGCUGCUCCUGCGGCCGUUCAUCCCGCAGCUGCCGUCGCUCCCAUGCCCUCGGCACCACCCAUGUAA